UGAUACAAACCUAACCUUCUUUAUCUCUGACCUAACCUAAACAACAAAAUAAUGGUAGAAAGGCACAAUAAGAAGGCUUUUGAGGGUUUAAAUCCAUGGAUUAUACGACAAUGUGCCACCAUAGGGGUGAAAGAUCCGACAGCUAUACAAGUAAAUUGCAUUCCAGAGAUUUUAAAGGGUCGUAACUGCAUUGGGGCGGCAAAAACUGGUAGCGGAAAAACUUUAGCCUUCGCAUUGCCUAUAAUACAGCAGUUAUGUGAAGAACCCUAUGGAAUAUUUGCCUUAGUUUUGACUCCGACAAGAGAGUUGGCUUAUCAGAUAGCUGAUCAGUUUGCAGUGAUAGGAAAACCUAUGAAUUUACGCACGUGCGUUGUCGUGGGGGGCGUGGACAUGGUUGAGCAAGGGAAAGAGUUAUCUAGAAGACCCCAUAUUGUUGUUUCUACACCGGGAAGACUAGCUGAUCAUUUGGAGAGCUGUAAUACUUUUAAUUUGGGGAAAAUUAGGUUUUUGGUGCUGGAUGAGGCUGAUAGGCUACUUGGAGGAAGUUUUGAUGGACAAAUUAAAACGAUUUUUAAUGCCUUACCCAAAACAAGGCAGAAUUUAUUUUUUUCUGCUACUAUUACUGACACUUUGCAGAAAUUACAGAGUGUCACUGGAGGGGAUUGUUUUUUAUAUGAAGACCCUGCUGAGGUAGCAACUGUUGAACAAUUGGAACAACAUUAUGUUUUAUGCCCCAACGAUGUUAAAGAUGCCUAUUUAGUCGAGGUUAUUAGGACUUAUAGAGCUGAUAAUGAAAAGGGAAACAUCAUCAUAUUUACAGACACGUGCAGAAACUGUCAAGUCCUGUCAAUGACCCUAAAUGAAGUAGGCUUUGAAAAUGUAGCUCUGCAUGCCAUGAUUCCACAAUCUCAACGUACGGGGGCGCUGUCAAGAUUUAAAAGUAGUACAGUCAAAAUGCUAAUAGCCACUGAUGUGGCAAGUAGAGGUCUUGACAUUCCCUAUGUGCAGUUAGUGUUAAAUCACACAGUGCCAAAAGUACCCAAAGAGUACAUCCAUAGGGUUGGCAGAACUGCUAGGGCUGGUAGAGGGGGUAAAGCCAUCACUUUGGUCACCCCUUAUGACAUUCCGACUUUGCAAGCUAUAGAAGCACAGAUUAACACUAAAUUGACAGAGUUUAAAUUGGAUGACAGUGAAGUGGGUAAAAUAUUUACCCAAGUUUCAGUAACAAAGAGUGAAGCUUACAUAAAAUUAGAUGAAACAGAUUUUUAUGAGAAAAAAAUGAUUAAUAAGAGAAAACAAUGGAUCCUUGAUGGUUUAGAUCCAGAUGAAGAGGAGGCCAAAUUGGUAAAAAAACGUAAAAAGAACAAAUCAAAAAAUAAGAAAAGAAGGGAUACUGAAAAAACAGAUUUAACUGUAGAAAAUACCGAUAAUAAAAGCGAAAUUUUCUCUUAA